AUGGCUAGCCCAGUCUUCCCUGCUCAGCUGGACAGACAAUUUAAAUUCCAGAGUCCUUGCAGAAGUUCCUUCAGGAACAGAAUUCAAGACAUGUGUUUAUUACAGUCAGAAGCACCAGUAACAGGGAAAGAGGCACUAGAAAAACACCCCAACUCACCAAUGACAGCAAAGCAGAUAUUGGAAGUCAUUCAGAAAGAAGGAUUAAAAGAAACAAGUGGAACUUCUCCAUUAGCCUGUCUGAAUGCAAUGCUUCACACUAACACCCGAAUAGGGGAUGGAACAUUCUUCAAAAUCCCUGGAAAGUCAGGCCUCUAUGCUCUCAAAAAAGAGGAGUCGUCAUGCCCAGCUGAUGGAACAUUGGAUUUAGGCUGUGAGUCUGAAUUAGAUGGCGCAGAAAUGGCGGAGGCCAAUGCCAAUGGAGAAGGAAAUGGAGUUUGUGCGAAGCAGGUAACUGAUGAAGCAUCUUCCACUCGAGAUUCAAGCCUUACUAACACAGCAGUGCAAAGCAAGUUAGUGUCUUCCUUUCAGCAACACACCAAAAAGGCUCUUAAACAGGCUUUGAGGCAGCAGCAGAAAAGAAGAAAUGGAGUCUCAAUGAUGGUCAACAAGACUGUUCCUCGUGUUGUUUUGACACCAUUAAAGGUGUCUGAUGAGCAGUCGGAUUCGCCUUCAGGAUCUGAAUCUAAAAAUGGUGAAGCAGACAGUUCAGAUAAAGAAAUGAAACAUGGGCAAAAAUCUCCCACAGGAAAACAAACAAGUCAGCACUUAAAACGAUUAAAAAAGUCUGGUUUAGGACACUUGAAAUGGACCAAAGCUGAGGACAUUGACAUAGAAACCCCAGGAUCUAUUCUUGUCAACACUAACUUGAGGGCAUUAAUAAACAAACAUACGUUUGCUUCCUUACCUCAGCAUUUUCAACAAUACCUCCUGCUUUUGCUCCCGGAAGUGGAUAGGCAGAUGGGAAGUGAUGGAAUUUUACGCCUCAGUACUUCAGCUCUAAAUAAUGAAUUCUUUGCAUAUGCAGCUCAAGGAUGGAAGCAGCGACUGGCAGAAGGAGAAUUUACUCCAGAAAUGCAGUUGCGGAUAAGGCAAGAAAUUGAGAAGGAAAAGAAAACAGAACCUUGGAAAGAAAAAUUCUUUGAAAGGUUUUAUGGAGAAAAGUUAGGCAUGUCAAGAGAGGAAUCGGUGAAGCUCACUUCUGGACCAAACAAUGAUGGAGCUGAAAGUGGUUCCUCAUGUGGGACCUCUGGCCUUCCAGGUCUUUCUGCACAGACUCACUUGGAAGAACAACAGCCAAAAAGCAUGAAAAGUCCAACUUCUCCAGAGCCUGAUUUCUGUGCUACGCUUUGCCCUAUGGUAGAUAUGGGUAAGGAUGUAAUGGCAGAAUCAGAAUCAGAAGAUAUCUUGAUCCCUGAAGAAUCUGUGAUUCAGGAGGAAAUUGCAGAAGAGGUCGAGACUAGUAUCUGUGAAUGCCAGGAUGAAAAUCAUAAGACAAUACCUGAAUUUUCUGAGGAGUCUGAAAGUCCAGCCAACUCUCAUGAAGAGCCCCAAAUAGUACCUCCUGAAGAUAACUUGGAAUCCUGUGUUAUGAUGAAUGAUGUUUUAGAAACUUUGCCUCAUAUUGAAGUUAAGGUGGAAGAGAAAUUAGAAUCUCCCCAGGAAGAAAUGUCGGUUGUUAUUGAUCAACUAGAAGUCUGUGACUCUCUUGUUCCUUCCAUUUCAUCUGUGACUCACGUCAGUGACACAGAACAUAAGGAGCCAGAAACGUCAAUAGAGACCAAUUCUCCGAAAAUAAAAAUAGGGUCCUCUUCUUUAGACGGCCAAUUUCCAAAUGAAGGAAUUGCUGUGGAUAUGGAGCUACAGAGUGAUCCUGAUGAACAGCUUUCUGAAAAUGCUUGCGUCUCUGAAACGUCAUUCUCUUCUGAGAGCCCAGAGGGAGGCUGUACCAGUCUGACGUCCCCAGGAGGGGAAACCCAGUCUACUUCAGAAGAAUCAUGUACUCCAGCCUCCCUUGAGACAACAUUCUGUUCUGAGGUGUCUAGCACUGAAAAUGCAGACAGAUAUAAUCAGAGAAAUCCCACUGAUGAAAACCUUCAUGCAUCUUUGAUGUCAGAAAUUUCUCCAAUAUCCACUUCACCUGAAAUAUCAGAAGCAUCUCUGAUGUCCAAUUUACCUUUAACAUCAGAAGCAUCCCCGGUAUCAAAUUUACCUUUGACAUCAGAAACAUCACCCAUGUCUGAUUUACCUUUGACCUCAGAAACUUCUUCAGUCUCUUCCAUGCUUCUUACAUCUGAAGCCACUUUUAUCUCCAGUUUGCCACUUCCUUCAGAAACAUCUCCAAUUUCUAAUUCUUCCAUGAAUGAGAGAAUGAUGCGUCAACAAAGAAGGUCACCUUCUAUAUCCGAAGAACCACUGUCACCACAGAAAGAUGAAGCUUCUGCCCUUGCCAAACCCCUGGGUGAGAGCCUUAUUUCUCAGCAGAAGACCCUCUCUAGUACUCCUGAACCCAUCAAAAUGGGUUCUUCUUCCAUUGCUCCUGAAGCAUUUCCAUCUGAAGAAUUGCACAAUAAGACCCUGAGCCAGCAGCCUUGUAAAUCACGUAUUGAAACUGAGAAUCCCUAUCCUGCUUUGAUUCCAGAACUUCCUCCUACAGAAAUGAUAAAAGUUAAAAAUCAUAAUGUCCUGCAAAGAACAGAAAAGAAAGGAGUGUCUUCACCAUUAGAAUUAUCUGUCUUUUCUGAAGAAACAGAGAGUAAGGGAAAUGAGCUUACGUCACCUAAAUUACAGGACAAGCAAUAUGUCUCAUCAGUGGAUAAGGCCUCAUUUUCAGAAGGCUCUAAAAAUAAAACACAUAAGCAAGGGAGCUCACAGAAUCGGUUGGAGACCUCGCAUACUUCCAAGUUGUCAGACCCCUCCAAGUCACCUGAUGGGAUAAGAAAUGAAAGUAGAGAAUCCGAGAUAUCAAAGAGGAAAACUGCAGAGCAGCACAGCUUUGGAAUCUGUAAGGAAAAGAGGGCUAGGAUAGAAGAUGAUCAGUCAACCCGGAACAUAUCAUCUAGCAGCCCACCAGAGAAAGAACAGCCUCCAAGAGAGGAACCCAGGGUUCCACCUCUCAAGAUCCAGCUUUCCAAAAUUGGGCCACCUUUUAUCAUCAAGAGCCAACCAGUCUCCAAACCAGAGUCUCGAGCAUCCCCCAGCACAUCCGUCAGUGGUGGGAGGAACACAGGAGCCAGGACCCUCGCGGAUAUCAAGGCCCGAGCCCAGCAAGCAAGGGCCCAACGAGAGGCGGCGGCUGCGGCUGCUGUGGCCGCCGCUGCGAGCAUCGUCUCCGGAGCCAUGGGGAGCCCAGGAGAGGGUGGAAAGGCGAGAACCCUGGCGCACAUCAAAGAACAGACAAAGGCGAAGCUCUUUGCAAAGCAUCAAGCCAGAGCCCACCUCUUCCAGAACUCUAAAGAGACCCGGUUGCCUCCGCUUGGCUCAAAGGAAGGGCCUCCAAGCUUAGAAGUCUCUUCUACUCCUGAAACAAAAAUCGAAGGUUCAACUGGUGUCAUUAUUGUCAAUCCAAACUGUAGAUCUCCUACCAACAAGUCUGCGCACCUCCGGGAGACCACCACUGUAUUACAGCAGUCUCUUAACCCGAUGAAACUUCCAGAAACUGCCACUGACUUAUCUGUGCACAGUUCUGAUGAAAAUAUACCUGUGUCACAUUUAUCUGAGAAAAUUGUUUCAUCUACCUCUUCUGAAAAUAGCAGUGUGCCCAUGCUUUUUAAUAAAAAUUCUGUCCCUGUGUCUGUUUGCAGCACUGCUGUGUCGGGAGCAAUUAAAGAACAUCCCUUUGUGAGUUCUGUUGAUAAAUCCUCUGUUCUAAUGUCUGUUGACAGUGCAAACACUACAAUUUCUGCUUGUAAUAUAAGCAUGUUAAAAACCAUCCAGGGAACUGACACUCCAUGCAUAGCCAUUAUACCAAAAUGUAUUGAAAGCACUCCUCUUCCCACCACUGCAGAGGACUCCAGCUUAUCGAGCUCCAUGGAUGACAAGCAGUUGCUAAUAUCAAGCAGCAGUGCUAGUAACUUAGUGUCCAGUCAGUACACCUCUGUGCCAACUCCCUCCGUUGGAAAUAAUUUGCCAAACCAUCUCUCCACUAGCUCGGUCUUGAUUCCCCCAACGGGAAUUAACAACAGAUUUCCUUCUGAGAAGAUAGCCAUGCCUGGGAGUGAAGAACAGGCCACCGUAUCCAUGGGUACCACUGUGAGAGCAGCCCUCAGCUGCAGGGAUUCAGUAGCAGUCACAGACACUCUGGUUGCACGCCCACCUGUCGCAAUGUUUACUGGAAGCAUGCUAACAAUAAACUCUUAUGAGAGUGCUCCCAAGUUAAGUGUUGAAAGCUUGGACAAAAAUUCAGGGCCUCGAAACAGGGCAGACAAUUCUGGGAAACCUCAGCAACCUCCAGGGGGCUUUGCACCAGCAGCCAUAAACAGAUCAAUUCCGUGUAAAGUCAUCGUUGACCACAGCACCACGCUGACCUCCACUUUGUCUCUGACUGUCUCCAUUGAAAGUGCAGAAGCCAACUUGGACCUCCAGAGCAGAUCAGUGAGGACAGAAGCAUCCAUACAGCCCAUGGCAUGUCCUCAGGUGUCUGUUAUUAGCAGGCCUGAGCCAGUUGCAAAUGAAGGCGUAGAUCAUGGUUCUAGUUUCAUCGCUGGUUCUGCAGCAAAACAAGACUGUAAAACGAUUCAGGCUGCCAGCACAGGUCUCCGAGAAGUACCCCUUGUUGUUCCAGAUAAAUUAAAUGAGGUGACUGCUCCUAGUAGUGGCUUUGCUGAGCAGGCACGUGGCCCCACCACUUUCAAAAGUGAAGCAGACACAACCUGUAGCAAUCAAUAUAACUCAAACAACCGGAUUUGCUGGAAUGAUGACGGGAUGAGGAGCACGGGCCAGCCUCUGGUUAGUCACUCUGGUUCAAGUAAACAGAAAGACUAUCUAGAGCAGGGCUGUCCAAAGGCUAUCAAAACGGAACACGCCAGCUACUCGCACAUGUCGGAACUUCACCCCAGGAAUCUCAUAACAAGUGUCUCUCUCCCUGUGAAGUCUGAACCUCAUGAAGUGGACAAGGGCUUUAGAAUGGACACUGAAGACUUCCCUGGCCCUGAGCUGCCUCCUCCGGCCGCAGAGGCAGCCCCUAGUAUGCAACAGGCACCGAACGUGAAGGCUCCCACCUCUGGUCCCAUGGAAGAGGCGAUUUCUUUGCCUACAGACACCCUGAAAAGAGUUCCCAGUGCAGGGAGCUCAAGCUGUCGUCUCUCGUCUGUGGAGGCUAACAAUCCCCUGGUGACACAGUUACUACAGGGUAACCUGCCUUUGGAAAAAGUGUUGCCGCAGCCCAGAUUGGGAGCCAAGCUCGAAAUUAACAGGCUUCCUCUGCCUCUUCAAACUACCUCAGUGGGUAAAUCAGCACCAGAGAGGAGCAUUGUCGAAAUGCCGUCCAGCUCUCCCAAUCCUGACGGGAAGGGCUACUUGGCAGGGACUCUUGCACCACUGCAAAUGAGAAAGCGAGAGAACCACCCCAAAAAGAGAGUAGCCAGGACUGUGGGCGAACACACUCAAGUUAAAUGUGAGCCAGGGAAAUUGUUGGGGGACCCAGAUGUGAAAGGGGUGCCUUGUGUCAUCAACUCAGGCGUGAAUCAGCUGGGACACAGCCAGCCUUUUAAGCAAGAGUGGCUGAACAAGCACCCCAUGCAGACCAGAAUUGUUCACAGCCCUGAGGUCAAGCAGCAGAAGCGGCUGCUCCCCUCCUGUAGCUUCCAGCAGAACCUAUUUCACGUGGACAAGAAUGGCGGCUUCCACCCCGACGCUGGUACCUCACACAGACAGCAGUUUUACCAAAUGCCUAUGGCUGCCAGAGGCCCCAUGCCUACUGCAGCUCUGUUACAGGCCCCUGCCAAGCCUCCAGUGGGCUGUAAUGCAUUUGCCUUCAGUCGGCAUCUUGAACAAAAGGGAUUGGGAGAAGCUGGCCUUUCUUCUGCACCUCACCAGCUAAGGUUAGCCAACAUGUUAUCCCCCAGCAUGCCCGUUAAAGAAGGUGAUGACACAGGAGGGGCUGCACGUGCGAUGCCAAACAAAGCACUGGUGCAUCCCCCACCCCCUCCACCCCCCCCCCCUCCACCCUUGGCGUUGCCCCCGCCUCCCCCCCCACCACCUCCGCUACCUCCACCUCUUCCUAAUGCAGAAGUCCCAUCCGAUCAGAAACAACCACCAGUUACCAUGGAAACCACUAAGAGACUUAGUUGGCCACAGUCCACGGGCAUAUGUAGCAAUAUAAAACCGGAACCUCUUUCUUUUGAGGAGGGUUUAAGCAGCAGCUGUGAACUGGGCAUGAAACAAGUUUCCUAUGACCAGAAUGAAAUGAAAGAACAGUUAAAAGCAUUUGCGCUAAAAAAUGCAGAUUUCUCUUCCUAUUUGCUUUCUGAGCCACAAAAGCCUUUUGCCCAAUUAGCUGCUCAGAAAAUGCAGGUGCAGCAACAACAGCAGCUCUGUGGAAAUUAUCCAACAAUACACUUUGGGAGCACGAGCUUCAAAAGGGCAGCCUCGGCAAUUGAAAAGUCCAUUGGGAUUUUGGGAAGUGGCUCCGGUGCUGCCACAGGGCUGCCUUGUCAGAACGCUCCGAUGCCCGUUCAGAACUUUGCCGACAGCAGCAACAAGGAUGAAUUGGAACUGAAAUGCUCUUGCCGGCUGAAAGCCAUGAUUGUGUGCAAAGGCUGCGGGGCCUUCUGCCAUGACGACUGCAUAGGGCCUUCGAAACUCUGUGUAGCUUGCCUGGUUGUGCGAUAAGAGCUGAAUGAAAGAUGCAGUAUCCCUUUUCAACACGGAAAAGCCAACGGCGCCAGCAACAACAAAUUGGAUAACUCAGUGGUUUAUAUCGUGCUAAUUUAUUUUACUUUGGAACAGAUUAUUGUUUCUCUAUGGGAUUAUUAUUUUCUUGCCUUUCUCGGAAAGGGGAGAUUGCAUCCCACCUGAGUGGCUCUGCAGCACGUCUUUGGCGUAGUUAGUUGCCGUUCCCAGCUUUGGAAAAUUUCUGUCCGUGUGUACACAGGGCACUACCCCGUUUGCUUUUUUAAAGUCCAGGUGUAGAUAGGAAAAGGACAUUUUAAAUUACUUAAUACUAAGCAGAAAUGCAGAAGUAGAGAAUGGUAAACACGAUUUAAGGUGGUUAUGCAUCCUUCUGUAGAGUCACCAUUACGGCAGGGGUUUGCACAGUGGACUCUCUGGACCUACUGUCACCACAGUGAUUAAGUCAUUUGGAAAGGGGAAUCUGAUUUAAAUGUGUGAUUCCUUGUGUUUACUCAUAUCACAAAAGAUCCAUUAAAGGAGGUGUGUGGUUAAUGAACUCCACUGUCCUUAUUCUCUUUCCUCCCUUUUUACUCUUUGCAGAGACUGGGGGACUAUCUGGAUCUGCCUUGGACGCUGUACGCACUGUAGUGAAAUGUCUUAUACCUGAAAUUGCAGUGUGGGCCACAUCCCCACUCAUCUGCCUCGAGCCCUUUGACACCUGGUGCCGUAAGAUCAGUUGGCCCACAGAGAGCCAUAGGCCCAGAGGAAUUCAGAGCUUCAUGUGUGGCUUUUAAGAAUACGUAUGAAAAAAAUGCCCUAAAAUUCAAACCAAACAAAUAAAACGCUGUGUAUGCAAAC